CGCCCCUUGCCCUGGGUCCCGCCCCUCGCUUCUCACCACCUUCCCAUCCUCUCUCGCCUCCCCGCUCUCCUCCGCCGUGCCCCCGCGCUUCUCCCUCCAGUCCCCCGCUUCUUACCCCCUCCCCCAUACUCUCGCCCUUCCUCUCUCUACCGACUCCCCAACUUGCCCCCUGGCUUCUCCCCUCCCGGCCCCGCCCCUUUAUUCCCCCUUGGCCGGGCUCCCUCACUUUCCCCCUAGGCCCCGCCCCCUCAUUUUCCACUUAGUCCCGCCCUCGCUUAUCUGGCGGCCCCGCCCCCCUGCUUCUGUCUCGCUGCCUCCACCCUUUCCUUCAGCCUCGAAUUCCUCAGUCCUGUCGUGUCGCUGCUCCCGGUCCUGUUCUCCUCACUUCCCCCCUGGUCCAGACCUCUUCAGUCUAGUCCACUUCCUUUCUGCCUCAGGCCAGGCCACUGUCUGCUCCCGAUCGUGCUUCUUCAAUUCUUUUCUGCAUUGCACUUUACCAGCCCCGCCCCUCUCCCCGCAACCUCCUUGAGCCCAGAGUAGGGCUGAGGGUCCCCCCGGCCCCCACUGGAGGCUUUGGCAGCAGCACGAACGCAGACUCCUUGAUUCGCUCUCACCGAGUCUUCAGUGAAGUGCCGGUGUCUGCUAGGAGGCUCGGUAGUGCCACCUUCAAGGGGGGUGCGGAGCUCUGCUGAGGGCCGGCGGCGCGGGGUUUGGGGAGUGUGGUCGCCAGCUGCCUGGUGGAGGCGCCCCUCGCUAGCCGCCCGGGACUGCGGUGCUGCGGCCUCCCUCCCAGGUUAAACCCUACCUGAGGCCCGGUCGUGCGCUCCUGCCCGGGGACUUGCGACCUCCAGUGUUUCCAGCUUGGGAGAGGAAAUGAAAAGUUGAGGCCGGUUCCUGUCAGGAGGCUUUCCCUUGGAUUUCUGUGUUCCGUGGCCAGUCUGGUCAGAGUCCGGUCAGAUCCUUUCCAAGAGCGAAUGAGCAUUUUGGACACUUGAUGGCAGAUGCGUGGCCCUAAUUCGUCGGUAAAAAUCCAGGAAAACAGCAAUGGGUGAUUGGUUUCAAACUAAAGUUUCCUUUGAAAUAUUAUGUGCCAAGAACCUUGCAAAGAAAGACUUCUUCAGACUCCCCGACCCCUUUGCAAAGAUUGUGGUGGACGGAUCUGGGCAGUGCCACUCAACGGACACUGUGAAAAACACGUUGGACCCCAAGUGGAACCAGCACUAUGAUCUGUAUGUCGGCAAAACGGAUUCCAUAACCAUCAGCGUGUGGAACCACAAGAAAAUCCACAAGAAGCAGGGGGCUGGCUUUCUGGGCUGCGUGCGGCUGCUCUCCAACGCCAUCAGCCGAUUAAAAGAUACCGGAUACCAGCGUUUGGAUCUAUGCAAACUAAACCCCUCAGAUACUGAUGCAGUUCGUGGCCAAAUAGUGGUCAGUUUACAGACACGGGACAGGAUAGGCACUGGAGGCUCCGUGGUGGACUGCAGGGGACUGUUAGAGAACGAAGGAACCGUGUAUGAAGACUCGGGGCCCGGGAGGCCACUCAGCUGCUUCAUGGAGGAGCCGGCCCCGUACACAGACAGCACCGCUGCUGCUGCGGGGGGAGGGGACUGCAGGUUCGUGGAGUCCCCGAGUCAAGAUCAGAGACUCCAGGCGCAGCGACUCCGAAAUCCCGAGGUCCGGGGGUCUCUCCAGACGCCUCAGAACCGACCCCACGGCCACCAGUCACCAGAACUGCCCGAAGGCUAUGAACAAAGGACAACGGUGCAGGGCCAAGUUUACUUUUUGCACACACAGACUGGAGUCAGCACGUGGCACGACCCCAGGAUACCAAGAGACCUUAACAGUGUGAAUUGUGAUGAACUUGGACCACUGCCACCAGGUUGGGAAGUCCGAAGUACGGUUUCGGGGAGAAUAUAUUUUGUAGAUCAUAAUAACCGAACAACCCAGUUUACAGACCCAAGAUUACAUCACAUCAUGAAUCACCAGUGCCAGCUAAAGGAGCCCAGCCAGCCGCUGCCAUUGCCUAGCGAGGGCUCUGUGGAAGACGAGGAGCUUCCCGCCCAGAGAUACGAAAGAGAUUUAGUCCAGAAGCUGAAGGUCCUCAGACACGAACUUUCACUGCAGCAACCCCAGGCGGGUCACUGCCGCAUCGAAGUAUCCAGAGAAGAAAUAUUUGAGGAGUCUUACCGUCAGAUCAUGAAGAUGCGGCCCAAGGAUCUGAAGAAGCGGCUGAUGGUGAAGUUCCGGGGAGAGGAAGGUCUGGAUUAUGGCGGAGUGGCGAGGGAGUGGCUUUACUUACUGUGCCAUGAAAUGUUGAAUCCAUAUUACGGACUCUUCCAAUAUUCUACGGACAACAUUUACAUGUUGCAGAUCAACCCAGAUUCCUCAAUCAACCCCGACCAUCUAUCUUACUUCCACUUUGUGGGCCGGAUCAUGGGUCUCGCUGUGUUCCACGGACACUACAUCAACGGAGGCUUCACGGUUCCCUUCUAUAAGCAGCUCCUGGGGAAGCCCAUCCAGCUCUCAGAUUUGGAGUCGGUGGAUCCAGAAUUACAUAAGAGCCUAGUGUGGAUUCUAGAGAACGAUAUCACCCCCGUGCUGGACCACACCUUCUGCGUGGAGCACAAUGCCUUCGGGAGGAUUCUUCAGCAUGAACUGAAGCCCAACGGCCGAAACGUUCCUGUCACAGAGGAGAACAAGAAAGAAUAUGUCCGGUUGUACGUAAACUGGAGAUUCAUGAGGGGGAUCGAAGCCCAGUUCUUAGCUCUCCAGAAAGGAUUUAAUGAACUCAUUCCUCAACACUUACUAAAGCCUUUCGACCAGAAGGAACUGGAGCUGAUCAUCGGCGGCCUGGAUAAGAUCGACGUGAGCGACUGGAAGUCCAACACGCGGCUGAAGCACUGCGGGGCCGACAGCAACAUCGUCCGCUGGUUCUGGCAGGCGGUGGAGACCUUCGACGAGGAGAGGAGGGCCAGGCUCCUGCAGUUCGUGACGGGGUCCACCCGGGUCCCUCUCCAAGGCUUCAAGGCUUUGCAAGGCUCUACAGGCGCGGCAGGGCCCCGGCUCUUCACCAUCCACCUCAUCGACGCCAACACAGACAACCUCCCGAAGGCCCAUACCUGCUUUAAUCGGAUUGACAUCCCACCGUAUGAAUCCUAUGAGAAGCUCUAUGAGAAGCUGCUGACGGCUGUGGAGGAGACGUGUGGCUUUGCUGUGGAGUGAAGACCAACCAAAGGCAACAGAUUCUAGCUCAUGACCACCAGACCCAAAGCAAGCUUUCUGUGUGCCUCCUUCAGGGCUGGCUGAGGCCCGGGAACCCUAGGUCACCGGAGGCAAAGAGUUGUCUCCCCUCCUUUUCGUUGAGGGAGCGAGGGGGUGGGGGGGACUUUGGCCGGUGGCUCCCACACAUACUUUCCUCCUCUGUGACGGACUCCCAUCCCCUUCCAGCACCCAUCCAAUAAACGCAGCCAGGUUUAGCACUGGGCUUCGGUCACACGGGCUAUUCCGCUAUGACUGGAACCCAAACGGUGAUGGGCUCACUGCCCUGUGGUCCCUAGAGGAAGACCGACCCACACGUUCUGGAACCGAGCCUGGCUUACUGAGGGUUUGUACCUGGUGGCUCUGCCAGCUAUUCUGUGUCAGAAUGGUCUCGAGGCCCCUUUGCAAGUCCAGCAGCUCAAACUCCAAACCCAUCGUCGCCGCUUGCUCCGGGUGCCAGAUGAAUUUCUAACUGAAAGCGAACCGUGUGGUCGGUGGGCAGUGCGCCGCGCCGGGAAGCCUGCUGCAGAAGCGUGCGCUUCCCUUUUGGAAAGGUAAAGCGGCUGGGGCAGCCUCGGCUGCGGGCCUGGGGGCAGGUUUCAGGGGAUCCUGGCUGAAAAAUUUGUGUUGCAUAGAGAAAAAUGAUCUUUCUUUUUAAGAGUCCCUUUGACCACGUUAUCUAUCUAAUUGGGGAUAUUUUUCCCGUGAAAAUACCACAUAACAGAGUUUAUACGAGAACAGACCAAACCAGCCUCCACUCCUCGCGGCCAGUCCCAGGCUGGGGCUCCCGCACCCCCGGGUGUCGGCUGGGUCACUGAAUACUAACAAAGCCUCUGCGCAGAAGUUGCUAAGAGCUGAACUAACAAGAGAGAAGCCUGUUGUUCUAGCUGCUGGCUGGGUGCAGACGCACCUCAAAGGGAGGGGGGACCGGCUGACCUCACUGACUUAACCCCAGCACACACCCCCCACCCCCGAGUCACUGUUUUAAUGCAAACCUGACAGUAGAGGGGGGAGCACGGUUCCGCUCUGGCUCACUCUGGUCAUCUUCUGAGCGUCAGAGGGCGACCCAGCAGUCACUGCUCAGUCCCCUUGCCCAGACAUCUUCACGGGCUGCGCAAGGCCAGCGCAAGCCGGAGCCCGGGUUUCUCACCCCACUUUCCAGUUUGCACAGCAAGUCGCAGCAGUAUUUUGACAAGGUGGUCCGAGCGGAGACUGGCUUCCGUGAAGGGCAGCGACAGCCAGCUGUCCUGUUUGGUUUUUGUUACUGUUUUCGUUUUGGGGGCAAGUGUGCGGGAAUUCACGAGCAAGACAUUUCACUGUUGAAAUUCUGCUGUUGGUUUGGAAGUUAGGGGUUGGCAUCCGGCUAUGGGGUUUGGAAGCAGCUUUUUGGACGACUCUGUUCUGACACCUUCGGACUGUGGCGGGUCGGGAGGCGCGCUUCCCCUUCUCAUCUCGCUGUGGGUCCUCGGGCUGCCCCGAAGCAGUCUGGGGCUCACGAGGGCAGCUCUGGGCCCUCUUUGGAUCACAGGGUCUGCCUGGCGUUGGGGGCGGGGGACGGGGGUUGUCGGCCGGGGGUUCCCGGAGCUGCGGGAGUGCGUACUCCGGGCUCCUUAGGAGCGAUGUCCGUGUGUCUGUCAAACCCAUUCAGGAAGUCCAGGCCGGGCGGUGGGCGUGGUCUUUCAGAAGUUCUGCCUUGCCCCAGCUUGGCUCAUCUCGUGUCUCGUUUACCAUGAUCCUUGUGAGGGCGUGCCCGAAGCUGGCUCCCCCUGAUGCCCUAGUCCUCCCUCGGAAUCUUCCUCUGGAAGAGUGAGCAAAUGUCAACGCCAGACCUGCGCCCAGAGAGGCGAGAGGCUUCCCCUCGUAGGCGAACCCCAACCGCGUGACGAGAAGAGCUCCCCGAGCGAGCGGAGAGCACCUCCGGACUGAGGGGGGAGGAAGCCCAGCUGCUGCUUUUGGUGUUGGUCAGACUCUGCAGGAAUUAGUGAGGAGACGAGGGUCUAGUGGGAAUGCUGGGUUCGGCUCCUUCCCGACGAUCUUCCUGCUGUUGGGAGGAACAGGGGAACCACCCUUAGUGCACUGGGCGGCCCUGGGCUGCUGGCCUGUGUCCGGCGUCAGCUCCGCAGGCGGAGGCCCGAGUCUCUGCUUUUCUCCUUGCACGCGGGCCCCCUCCUCAGCUGUGUGUGACCGUGAAGCCUGAAAGAGCAGAAUGUUCCAGAGCCCUCGCUGACUCUCACCAAACGGGCCUGUGUCAGUGGCACUGCCCUUCUAGAACCUUCACGAUCAACAGUGGAUCGGGCCACCCAAAGAGUAGUGUGGCAGACAGUUGGUAAAAGCUCCCGGUCACUCCGCUUUGGGUCCAUGUGGACCCCGUCUCCCACAAGCUCUCAUUCGUCCCCUCCACGGUAGUCCCCACCCGCCCAUCCCCCACUCACCUCUUUGCCCAGAUGCUUCAGGGGCCCCGCUUCCAGGCUGGUCCUCACCAGCGGUCAUUAGCCGACCCUCAGGGAUGUAGCCAACCACCGCUCUGCCAGUGCUGGAGGUAGGAAAGACAAAGGGGCUGCUUGGGGGACAGGAAGGACCGCUCUGUCCUGUGGGGGGACCUGCCCACCAGGUGGAUUGUGUUCCCUCAGCUUGCUCGGCCGCGUGGUCCCAGUUCAGGUGAGGGGGUCCUCCGAGCGGAUCUGGCAGGAAGGGCCUUGGGCAGAGGAGGCGCCCCGCCCCCCAGCCCCGUCUGCAGCCAGGUGUGGGCCACACGGCAGCCUUCCCGACACAUAGUAUGAAUUUUAAAAAUUUGUUUAUUUUUGUUUCUCAACCACUUUAUAAUGUAUUUUUUAAUUUAUUUUGUAACGUCUUGUUUUUAAGUAUUGCUGCUAUCCUUGUUAUUCUUCCCACUGUUUUUAUCGCGGAUUUAUUUUGUGAAAAUUGUACACUAGUGUUCUGUUUUAUGUCAAAAAUCAAAAGUAUUUAAAGAAAUACUAGUUCUAUUUAAUGUGGUUAUGGAACCAGCUGGAAACACACAACCAACAGUGAUUGUACAGCAGGCUGGACCCGGGAGGUCAGGUUCAUUUUGUUACAUAUGCAAUAAACUCACGACUUUACAUUUUUUUGGCCUCUGA